UACGACCAGGGGUUGUAAAUUAUUAGUAAACAUCCGGAUUUGAAAACGUUUCACAACAACAGGAAAGAUUGCCAAUGUAUAAAGACAUCUUUGAUUGUGACACAACAUUGCAAGUUGCCGAAGCUGAUACAUGUAUUAUUGUCAGCGCUGUCGACAAAAAUAUCGAGGAAACUAUAGGAACAUUGACGGUCUUAACCGUCUUUUCCAAGCCUUUGUCGACUAGUUCGUUGCAUUAUCAAGAUGAAUUGGGGACUGGCUAUUUAUUACCUUUUUAUAUGUGCGAUCACCACAGUAAUUGGUUCCUGCAUAAUAUUAUUUGUUUUUGAGCGCAAAUACGUUAUUUACUUAUUUCAUUAUUACAAAAAUAUAAUACAAUUUUAUCGGAGUGCGGGGAAAUGGAGGAACUCAAUUGACGAAAUUGUCACUCAGCAGGAAAACAUUCAAAGCUAUGCUUCGUAUAUUAUUUGUAAUCUUGGAUCAGAUGUGGAUGAACCCAGUCUGAGAAGACUUUUUACAGCAUCUCAUGAUCGUCAGCCGCCAGAAGCAAAUAUUGCCAUCAAUAUCGCAGUAGAUUCCAAGAAUCCAUCUUUGAGAAAGGCAUUCAUAAGGAUACCCUACCACUGUGCCGCAGCCUGUGAUAUACCUUCAUUUAAUAAUAAAAAAUUAAGUGACAGAAAAAUGGCAAUACAAGAGGUUAAGAAGAGAAAAGAUUUGUUAAGAAAGGAUUUUAAAUGGGUCAGUCCUAAACCAAAUGUAACGUCUGUCUCUGAAAGAGUUUCUGAUAACAAGAUCUGGAAUACUGGCGUUUUCUCAGAGUACCUUCUCAUUGAUGGAGGUAAUCGUAUCAUGGAUGUUGGAAGUAAGAUCGUACCUGGUAUCUUGGAGAACUCGGAUGAAGCAGGUAUCCAGCGUAUGGUGCUUACCUGUUCCUGUUUCAAGCAAAUUAAGCAGGCAACGAAGCUUUGUGAACAGUACCAAGGAUACAUGUAUUUUACAGCAGGUGUUCACCCAUCUAAAGUUGACCAGUGGGAUGAGGACAGUCUGGCUGUGCUAGAAACGUAUGCUGAGCAUUCACAGUGUUUGGCUAUUGGUGAGUGUGGCCUCGAUUUGCCAGGGACCAACACUGAGAAAGAGAUCAAGAUGUUCAGACAACAGAUUGAGUUGGCAUGUAAACUUCGAAAACCUUUGUGGUUUUGCUCAAUUGGAGCUGACAACACACUGAUUCCAAUCUUACGCGAGUACAGUGGUCAGCUGAAAGCAAUGUGUGUUGGAGAGUACAUACCAUCAAAGGUGGAGAAAUUUCUCCCGAGAAUACCACAACUUUGGGAGCUUCUAGAUAUGGGAUGCUUUGUGUCUGUCUCGUCAAUUUCCAAAGAGGCGAGUGGCUAUGAGAAGAGUUGGUUUAAGGACUGGCUGAAGAAAGGUUUUAUUUCUCCACACAAGAUUAUAUUGGCCAGCAAUGCUCCAUCCACUCUCGUGCCAAAUAUAGAAUAUGAGGAAUACUGUAGCAGAAUGAAGCCUGACGAGAUAAGAUAUCUCAAGGAAAGUACUGUAAAUAGGUAUGAGUCGAACUCCAGUGAUGACCUGGACAGUGAUCCUGGAAAUUUGGCUGUCUUACUUGAGAUUGUGGCCUCCUGCAUGGACUGCCCGCCGAAGAACCUCGCUUCAGCUGCCUACCAAAACGCUCGAGAGUUUUUCAACUUUAGAUGAGUUCCGUCUGUUCUUCAAAAACAACCAGCCUUCAGUUGACUGUAUAUGAAAUCAUACAUACCCACCAUCAGUUGGCUUCUUCUGGCAAAGAUAUUCUCAAUACUGCAAUUGAAUCUGCCAGUGUUAUAAAGCCACUAUUCAAAUAUAAUACAGGUAUAUUGGUACUGUAGUUGUUGUUCUAAACUGUCUUCGAAUACCAAUAUUCAUAGACAUUGAAUUUUAUCCUGUCAGCUAUGAGGUUUAGGCUGUUUUUUAAUUGCAAUAUACUGGUAGACGUUGCACUCCACCCAGAAGCUGUGAGGUCUAGACUGGCUUUUAAUACUAGUGUACUGGUUGCACUCCACCUAGAAGCUGUGAGGUCUAGACUGUCUUUUAAUACUAGUGUACUGGUUGCACUCCACCUAUAGCUAGAAGCUGUGAGGUCUAGACUGUCUUUUAAUACUGGUGUACUUGUUGCACUCUACCUAGAAGCUGUGAGGUCUAGACUGUCUUUUAAUACUGGUGUACUGGUUGCUAUCCGCCUAGAAGCUGUGAGGUCUAGACUGUCUUUUAAUACUGGUGUACUGGUUGCAAUUCACCUAGAAGCUGUGAGGUCUAGACUGGCUUUUAAUACUGGUGUACUGGUUGCACUCCACCUAGAAGCUGUGAGGCUUAGACUGUCUUUUAAUACUGGUGUACUGGUUGCAAUUCACCUAGAAGCUGUGAGGUCUAGACUGUCUUUUAAUACUGGUGUACUGGUUGCACUC